AUGUCUCGAGGUGCCAUCCGUCGACCUCCCACGACGGGAUCGCUGUGCAACAUCCGCGUAUGGAGAGUCGUUGGUGGCUCGACCGUGUCGCCUCGGUGGGGUACUUCCGGCUGGGUGGGUCCGCGAGGUGACGCCUUCAUUAUCUGCCCUCGAUGCGUAUUCGCGGCUCGAAAACAUCUUGUGGGCGGUGCCCCGCUGUUGGGUAAGAAUUCGAUGGCUCGCAAGAUUGUGCAGGACUGUGCUCAAAGCGUCACUCAAUGUGGGCUUUCGCAAUGGUGGGUGCCCGGAAAGUCUCUCGCCUUGCGUUCGCAAGUCACUGGUAUCGAUAUAAACACCCCGGACGAUCCCAUGGGCAGGUUCGCGACGGACGACAGCAAGGUUGGCCAGUACUGCAACGUCAACACUGCUCCGCAGGGCGAGAACUUUGUUUGCUUUCGAUACAACAGCGACAUCAGAGCCCACAUGUCUUCGACCGAUUCUUCAGUGCAUGGAUACGUCAACGCGGCCGGAACAAAGGCAUUCAGCACAGACAGGACGGAUGUGUUAAUCAGCCCUAGUAGUCCUUGUCCGGAGGUCAGCGCGCUUGACAGCGGUGGCGAAACCAGCGAGUUCCAGGGUUGCCCCUGGACCGAGCCCAUCUUGAUCUACUAG